UUGUCGGUUAACAGCCCUCAAACGUUUGAGAGUCCGUCCCUCUCUUGAAGGGAGGGGAGUGCCUUUAUCCGUUAGAAAAUGGAAGAUGUCGGGUGCUUUGGAGUACCGUCCACCUAGGAUUGGAAAGCUAUUAGAAAAAAAUAUUAAUGACUCAAGAACGUGGGUGAAAAAGUUACUACCGUUGUACUCGAUUUAUGACUAAAUUACGGAAAAUCAGCACCAACACGUUAAAACAUUUAAAAGGAAGAAAAAGCGGAAAUACAAGAACAAUGUAAGAAGCUCGGAUGAAGAGGAAUAACUUUCGAUCUAUAAGGACUUGUCGAACUCGAAAGCAUCGUAUGGUGGUUAGCCUGUCAACUGAUUGUAUGCGACUGGCUAGAUUUUGCGUUUCAGUAGGUCAGUAACAUGAUUUUGCGUUUCAGUGAGCUUUUUUGGAACGUCGAACAAUAUUAUACAUUUAUUGAGAUAUUAAGAUUACUUUUUGAUUUAUUUUCGGAAAUGAAAUGUUUUAUGAAAACUAAUGGUGUAAUGACAGUUCGUAUGCGCUAAUUCGUUUUAAAAUUGAGCAAACGAUUAAAGCGAUUGCUUUAUCGUAAUUAAGUAUUAUUUGUGGUCAAACAUUAAUAUUUAGAAUGACAAUUUGAACUAAAUACAUUUUUAUAUGGCAACAACAGCAACGAAUAAUGAAUGUCUCAGGUACGGAUAUAUGUUACCCAGAUAAUAUCAUACUUUUAAUAAAAAGGAAUAUAGAUAAAGCCGGAUAAUUUUGGUCCGGUUCAUCGUUUUCUGUCUUUAAAAGUGGAACACUGCUGCUCGCUCAAUACAAGAUUUGUGCUGACACUAAAUACAUGUCUCUACUGACCUCUGCUGGACAUUUGUGGAAUAACACCAUGACAGAGAUGAUAAAUAGGCAGAUUUAUCUCCAUUACAACUACACAGGGAAACUGGAAAACCGACAGAAUGCAACAAGCACUGGGCUUGUCUUCUUGGACGCUAAAACCACUGUAUUCCUUAUCAUCUGCAGCUUCAUAGUCCUGGAGAAUCUGAUUGUUUUGGUGGCAAUAUGGAAGAACCACAAGUUCCACAACCGCAUGUACUUCUUCAUUGCGAACCUUGCCCUGUGUGACCUUCUGGCUGGGGUGGCCUACAUCGUCAACCUCUUGAUGUCAGGGGAGAAAACAUUUCAUCUGUCUCCAGUGAUGUGGUUUGUGCGUGAAGGGAGCAUGUUUGUGGCCCUCGGGGCAUCUACAUCCAGUCUCCUGGCAAUAGCCAUAGAGAGACAUCUGACUAUGAUUAAAAUGAGGCCAUACGAUGCCAAUAAGAAAUACAGGGUGUUCUUGCUCAUAGGGACCUGUUGGCUCAUUGCAAUAUCCCUGGGAGCGUUGCCCAUCCUGGGAUGGAACUGUUUAGACAACCUCCCUGACUGCUCAACGGUCCUACCGCUCUAUUCCAAGAAAUACGUGGCCUUCUGCAUCAUCAUCUUCAUGGCUCUGCUGCUGGCCAUGUCCAUCCUGUAUAUACGGAUCUAUGCCCUGGUGAGGACCAGCAGCCGCAAGGUGACCAAACAUUCAAACUCGGAGCACUCCAUGACCCUCCUCCGCACUGUCAUCAUCGUGGUUGGCGUCUUCAUCGCCUGCUGGACACCCAUCUUCAUCCUCCUCCUCAUUGACGUAGCCUGUGAGCCCCGUCACUGUGCUAUCCUCUACGAGGCGGACUACUUCAUAGCCCUGGCCGUGCUCAACUCAGCCAUGAACCCUGUCAUUUAUACCCUGGCCAGCAGGGAGAUGAGGAGGGCCUUCUUAAGUCUGGUCUGUGGCUGUCUGAUGAAGGGGAAGGUUUCCAGUGGUGGUGGUCCCAACAAGCCUAGCAACCUGGAGCAAAGCAGGAGCAAGUCCAGUAGCUCUGCCCAUAAUAAUCAAAACCACCACAGGGCAGCUGAACAGGAAAAGGAUGCUAGCCCUCAGAUCACAGUUGCCCACAUUUCCAUCAAGAGCCCAUCGUCAUUGUGCGCAAAUGGGGCUAAUGUGGAAGAAUGUUAAUACUUUGCUGUGGGGCCAUGAACCUCCACUCAUUUUGAGUGAACGCAAGUUACUUUUAAGUGUGGUAACUUAAAAUUAUGGAGCAUAGGAUAAAAAGACAUUGUAGGCCUAUAACAGCUUUGGCCAAAAACUCCAUGACCACAAACAAGCACUUGGCUCUUCCUUCCAUUGAGGGUAAUGGGCCCAGAAACUGUCAAGAGCAGAUAAAGAUUGUGUUGUUGAGAUUGAAGUCUAUAUUUAAACCGAUUUCUCAUUUUCUGCACCUUUUAAAGGCAACUUUGCCACGUUCGUGGAGGCUGCAUUCACACAGAACAUUGUAUAUGUCUACUCAAUUUGGAAAAUACUGUUUAAAUCAGCUGAUCUUUCGUGGUUCAGAUUAAAUCUAGGAUAUUCACCCUGUACACUAGGCUGGGAUAUCAAACUGAUAGGCAUUUUACAUGCAUGGUAACUGUAACUCUUGAAGAAAGCUAUACUGUAAUAAUUUCACUGUACAUUAUACAAUGGUAGCAUGUUUUUUUAAGUACUGUAAACUUUUGUAUUUAACGAGAUGAUUUGCUAAACAUUAAGCUACUACCUGUAUUGAAGCAUGAUUUUACUGUUAACAUAAUGUCUAUGAGCUCAAGGAAGCUUCCUGGUAUAAGUGCUUGGUGUUAUUUUGAGUUGGCAGGGCCCCCUCUGCUGGUUAGAAAUAGGUAUUUCAGGCAGUGUAUGUAUUAAAGCGAUUGCCUGACAAGACAAACCUUACUAAUAACCUGCCUCUGCCUUAUGCUGGAUAAGAAACUAACGUCUCUGAGCAUUUGGCCCGGAGCAAGGAGUUUGGGUGCCAGGCAAAUUAAAGCAACUUUCAGUUAAUCUUUUCAGCUGACAAUUGAUCAAAACAGAAAUAGAAAUACUUAAAAACAAUAUAAGUUUCUCUGCACUGACAGAACAUUAAAUUAUCAUAUCAGGUUUAAUUUUAAUGAAAUAAAUUAGAAUAUUAACAAAACCAGCUUGUCUAACAAAUGUUACAUUGCAUUAGAGUUUGCUGCACCUUGAUGUAUGCUGCCUCAAGGGAGUCAGUCAAACUGCAUGGAAAAUCAUAUGCCAGCACAGAAGACAUGAAAUGGAGAAAAAAAAGAGCACACAUUCACGGUUUUAUUGCCAACAGUCAUACAGAAUGUACGUCAUACAUUCAAAGAUUAAAUCUGUAAACAUUG